UGGUGUAUGUCUGUGUGAGAUGGAGCAUUUUGAUUCUGCGCAUAUUUCGGUGUGUGAAUGGCAGACCAGUUUCGAAUGUCCAGUCAGCUUGUAUACGCGCCGCUUGUUUUCCCGCUCACUGAAUGUGCCUCUUUUACUUUGGACUUUUUCAGACUACGCGCUUCACUCUGAUGUGCACUGUUGAUCAGUUGGCAAUGAAAGAAUAUCCGCUGGUCAGUUGCGGUUGUUUGAUUUUGGACAGGCAUUGAUUUCCCGUGGAAUCGGAUGUUAUUACAUAUGUAUCAUAAUAUCUCCAUCCGUACCGAAUCACAUUAAUGCAUUAUCCAUGGGAAAACGCGCGCGCUAUCCUUCAUUUUCACCGGCAUUAAUUUUGUGACAUUUUUGUGGAGAAACAGCGAUCUCGUUAGUAUAUACUGCGCGUCGCCAGGAGCGACUUCAGUGGUGUGAAAAUUUCUCUCAUUUACGCUAAUAGAAAAUGAGGCCCCUGGUGCUAUGCGGCUUAUAUGUUCUCAGUUAUAUAAAUGCAUUAUUCAGUUGGACGGCAGCCGGGGAAAAAAUCUAUCCCGUUAUUGAGGAGUUGCCGGUGGGAACGUUUGUGGCUGACGUCCGUGAACAGCUACCGCGGAAUCUCAGCAGUAAACCGGACUUGAAAUUCGGUUUCCUACGGGGCUAUGACAAAAAAGGCUUCUUUCAAAUUAACGAUACUUCAGGCCAUAUCAGUACGGCGAUGAAACUGGACCGCGAGACGUUGUGCGCUGAUCAGCAUGAGCCGGCUAAUUGUUAUUUUGACAUUCCGGUCAUAACGCUGCCGUUGCACCAAUUUCAAAUUAUCCCCAUUAAAGUGGAACUGCUGGACAUUAACGACAAUGCGCCGGUCUUCCCACAACGGGAGAUUGUCCUGGAGAUCAGUGAAAAUCAGCCGGUCGGGGCGAAAUUCCAGAUCCCACCGGCUACCGAUGCCGAUGGGGGUAAAGCGGCGCAGAUUGAGUACUCGCUGAAAAGCCCAUCGGCCGACAUUCCAUUCGUGAUAAUUAACAGUGUUAAUACAGAAACACAAGACGUGUAUCUGCAAUUAAGCGCUCCACUGGAUAGGGAAGUUAAGGAUUUCUAUGCGUUCUCCGUACUGGCCAAAGAUCAAGGUGUACCCGCCCUUGUCGGCUCUAUGGAUGUGGUCAUUCAAGUUACGGAUGCCAAUGAUCAUGCCCCAGUUUUCGAUGACCCCAGCUACGAGAAGCGCGUCCCCGAGAAUGUCCCCCGUGGGACGCGCAUCCUGAAAGUGCACGCCUCGGAUGCCGAUCUGGGCCGGAACGGGGAAAUCACCUACAGUAUCGCCCCCAUCACCAGCAAAUUAGUCCGUGACAUUUUCGACAUUGACGGCGAAACCGGCGAAGUCCGGCUGAAAGCCGAACUGGACCGGGAGGUCAAGGAUGUCCACAAGAUCUGGAUCAGUGCCCGCGAUCGGGCCGACAGCAACCCGCUGGACGCCAGCGUCCUGGCCACGGUCAUCGUGGAUGAUUUGAACGAUAAUCCGCCGCUGAUCGAUGUGUCGUACUUCCCCCCGGAAGCCAGUGCCGCCUUCAUCUCGGAGGACGCCCCCAUCGGGACAUUCGUGGCGUUGGUGCGGGUGAAGGAUGCCGAUGCCGGCGUCAACGGUCGCGCGGUGUGCUCCCUGCAAAGCGACACUUUCGUCCUCCAACAACAGUCCGACGACACCUACGCCAUCAUCACCAGUAAGAUGCUGGACCGGGAGAAACGCGAGGAUUACCUCUUGGAGUUGACUGCCCGCGACCAGGGCAAACCCUCCCUCGAGUCCCGCACCACUCUACAGAUCCUGGUGGGCGAUGUCAAUGACUCGCCGCCCGUGUUUGACCGCUCUACAUACUUGAUUAAAGUGCGGGAGAGCGCCAAAAUCGGAACGGAAAUAGUUUCACUACGCGUGCAGGAUCGCGAUUCCAGUCCGGACAACCAACAAGUCCGCUACCGGCUACUGGAGCCGUCGAGUUUAUUCAGUAUUGAUGAUAAACGCGGCGUCAUUUCCCUGCAAAGUACCUUAGAUCGGGAGACCCUCGGGGACAUGAUCCAGUUGGCGGUGGAGGCCUUUGACCCCGAGAAGCCGGCCUUCCGCUCGCAGGCGGCGGUUGUGGUAGAAGUCCUGGAUGAGAAUGACAACGCACCGGAAUGGUCCACCGCAGUGUAUGAAUUCGACAUCCACAAUGACCUCCGCCGGGGCACGGUGCUGGGCAGUGUCCACGCCAGUGACAGCGACUUCGGAAACAACGCCAUUAUCACGUACUAUAUCAAUAGCUCGGAAAUCACCAUUAAUCAGACAUCGGGUGAGCUGGUAGCCGCCCGGGAUAUAUUCGUCACUGAGCCACGACAGAUUCAAUUAACACUGCUGGCGGCCGAUGGCGGUGAGCCGCGCCGUACCGCCACCGCCCAGGUCUUUAUCACCAUUGCCAAUGUCAGCGCCAAUCAGCUGGCCACGUCGCAGAAUAUCUUGACCACGUUUUUCGCCUCGGAUGUGGGACUUCCGGUCAUCGUGGCGCUGAUCGUCAUGGGGCUGGCGCUGUUCGUGGGAGCCAUCUGCUUUGUGGUAUUAUAUCGUAACAAAUCCAAAGAGAACCACAGCUACAACGUCCGCAUGGAGACGGCGCGUGUUUUUCAACGGGGCUCCAAAAGUCAAUUAGCCCUGGGCGAGGGUAGCGGCCUGCAGAGCGACACGGACUCCUGUCAUCGGCGGAGCGUGGAGAGUAGCAGUUGCAGUGCCGGUGGUACUGGCGGGGUUGAUGACAAAGCCGGGUAUGACUGGGUAUUCCCCAAUAGCCAAACGCCACCCGUCAGCUCCAGCACCAAAUCAUCGCGAUGCUCCUCAGCCAGCACUAAUCGCAAUUCCCUGUUGAAUGAUUAUGGAAAAGUCGUUAAUGGCCCUAUAAUUUAUGAUGUUGUCAAUGAAGAAACCACUAGUCCACCGGGAAAAACCAUCCAGACAUUUCAAUUGGCUAAUCAAUUACAAAAGACGCUAGAUCAGGAUGUGGAUAACAGCGGUGAGGAGGACGAUGAUGGGGGCUUCAAGCGGCCAUCGGUGAUACGAGCUUCCUCAUUCUACCAAGCGGCACGACAUCCGCUGACCCUGUCGACAGCCCGUUGUGCCAGCAGUAUCAAUGGGACCUGCAGUACACCAGCCAAUUUCCAGCGGGUCAACAGUCUGCCGCGGCGUGUCUCGCUGAAUAAACGCGGCUCACUGCCACCGCCGCCCGCGGAGAGCGGCUACAGUUCCAACUCUUCUUUUAUCAUUCGCGCCAACCCUAUCGCCUACCCCACCUCCCCCCACCGGGAGCCGGUCACCUCUCUGAGUCCCAUGACCCGCAAUUACAUCGAUGCCCUGCAAGUGGGACGGAUUUAUGCCCUGACACCGGUUCCCGGUGGCGGCGCGGGUGCGCAGCCAGUGUAUGCGGCUAGUCAGUCGCAACCCAGUAGUCAGGAUCAGGACCAAAUCUCCAGUCCGUUUUCCAGUUCGCUCAACAUGUCCGCCACGAGCGGCAAAUCCACCUUAUCCUCAUCCAUCGGUGCCGGUUUGGAGUUUGAUGAUUUUCUCCCAUCGCCACCGAUCGGAUUGCUUCCCAUCCCACCGACACCGCCGCAGUUUGGCGUGUCUCAAGUCGUAGAAUACCAAUCGCUUUGUUGAAACGGAAGUGCACAAUUGUGUCAAUAAUGUUACAAGAAUUUGUGUUUUUUGUUAAAAUUUUUUAACGGGCAUUUAUCGUUUGGACCAUUUUCGUACGCAAUUGCUUCCUGAAGGGUUUCAUGGUCAGUCGGUUGUCACUGUAUUCUGGAUCUGGUCGGAGAGGAAAAUGUUUCUAGUGCACAUUUUUUAAAAUGUUGAUCUGUCUAUUUAUUAUUGGUCACAUGUGGCCAGUUCAGUGCAACAUAGCGUGUACAGCGCGAAAUGCAGUAAAAUUCCCCG